AUGUUGGCCUUACACGCAAACCAUAUCCCGCGGUCCCUUGAGUUCGUCGACUGCAAAUUUGACAAUCUUUCACAACCGCCACCACCCAACCCGUUCAUGUUCCAGUACCUAAGCAUGCGCAACCUCAAGGCCGAGACGGACUCCAAGGAGGAAACGAAGACGGCUGUCGAGAUCCCCACGCCCAAGACCGUGGCCGAGGCUCUCGAGCUGGCCCGGGACACCCCAGAGGGCGCUGCCGACACCAAGGUCCGUGAGAUGCUCGACGCCGAGAUGGCACGGAUAUGGGCCAGCAUCGAGGCCGAGCCCAAGACCUACGUUAUGACCAGAGACGAGUUCGCUGUCUUCAACUACUACGGAUCCAAGUACGUUGGCAACGAGCUCGCCGCCGAAGCAAGAGGAAGAUACUGGAGCUACGGCACACCCUAA